AUGCCAAACUGGGAGCUUAAGAACUGUUGUGAUCAUGAUCAAAAGCUCUUCAUUGCUUUCGUUGGUGUUUACACCGUUGUCAUCCUCCUGCUAUGGAGGACGUUUCUGCUUACACCUUUUAAGCUCAUAACCGUGUUUCUGCACGAAGCAAGUCAUGCCAUUGCGUGUUUGCUCACUUGUGGCAAGGUGGAGGGUAUCCAGGUUCAUGGAAACGAGGGCGGGGUAACACAGACGCGUGGUGGAAUAUACUGGGUGAUCUUGCCUGCUGGAUAUCUUGGUUCAUCAUUUUGGGGGAUGGCUUUGAUUCUUGCUUCCACAAAUAUUCUCACUGCAAGGAUUGCUGCUGGUUGCUUCCUUGCUGCUCUGGUUAUUGUGCUCUUUGUUGCUAAAAACUGGACGCUCCGAGGACUCUGUAUUGGAUUUAUUAUUUUUAUUGCUGUGAUUUGGCUUCUGCAAGAGAAAACCAAAGUCCAUAUCCUUCGCUAUGUCAUUCUCUUCAUUGGUGUGAUGAACAGUUUGUUUUCAGUUUAUGAUAUUUAUGAUGAUUUAAUAUCUAGAAGAGUCAACUCUAGUGAUGCUGAGAAGUUUGCAGAAGUUUGUCCAUGCCCUUGUAAUGGUUUUGGGUGGGGAGUUAUCUGGGGGAUGAUAUCGUUUGUAUUUCUUUGCGCAUCUUUGUACCUUGGACUGGUCAUAUUAUCAUGA